CCGAGCUGCGUUCACUUAGUCGAGCUGUUUAGACCACUUACUAGUUACUAGCUAGUACUUUUAAGACAUACACUUAGUACAAAACUAAAGGCGAAAGGAUGUACAACCCAGGCUACCAGGUGGACGUGAUCGAUCCGUACUAUCAACCGCCCGUGGAGGUGGUGAAUGUUAUUGGACCUCCCCCGCCCGUGGAGGUGAUAAUGCCGUCGCCUGUCUAUAGUCAACCGGUAGUGGUGGUGGAGCAGCCCAGCUAUAAUCAGCCAGGACCCCCGCAAGGACCCAGUGACGCCGAGUGCUGUAUGCUCCUUGGAGCCUGUUGUGUGAUGGAAGAGUGCGGCCUGUGUGUCAUCUCGUAGAAAAGACAAAAACUUUGUUAAAAACUAAGAACUAUGUAAACUAAAUGCUAAAUAUAGACUGAAACUAAGGGUGA